UCAUGGAGCAUUUCUCGAUAAACUUUAGUUUAAAUUCCACACAAAUUUCCCCAUAACUAUCACACACACACACACACUUGCAAUAAUUCACCAUAUAUUGAGUUUGAGAGAGAAUUAACAUGGCCAACAAAAUCCUAAAGCUCACAAUAAUUCUCUCUAUACUCAUCUCUCUAUCCUUGUUUGUUUCAUCACAUGAUGAUGAUAAAAAUCACCAUGACAUAGUAGAAGAUGAAGAUGAAGAGGAACAAGAGUUCUACAUUGUGGACACUCCCUUACAACAUCAUGGAUCAUCAAGAAGUAGAUUCUUGGCAAGCAUAAUAAAGAAAGGAACACAUUGUAAUCGUGAGACUAAUAAUAUAUGCAAUGGAGUUAAAGCAAACAAGGGAAAAGAUUUGCUUUUUUGUUGCAAGAAACAUUGUCGCAAUGUUUUAAGUGACAAGAACAAUUGUAAUGUGUGUGGUCACAAGUGCAAGCAAGGUGAGAGAUGUUGCAAUGGAGUGUGCACCAAUGUUUUGGCAAAUGUCCAUCAUUGUGGAAAGUGUAAGAAGGAGUGUUCAUCUGGUGAACCGUGUGGGAAUGGGUUUUGUGGAUAUGCAUAAAAUGAAGAUAAUUGAAUAUUAUAAGGUAUAAGAGUCAAUAAACUAUAUAUUAUACAUUUGUAUUUUUGAGAUAUAAUAGUUAUAUAUGAUUAUAUCAUGUAUAGGAAGUGUUUACCAAAUUUUAAGAAAUCUGUUUCUUCAAGAAAUAAAACAAGCUUA